CUCUAUAUCUGGUGAGUCGGAUCUUUGACACGCUUUAGGAUUUCGCAAUACUGGUCAGACACGCGAAUCAGACCCUGAAGGCCUGAUAAGCCAGUGGGUAAAUACUCGUUAUCUUUGUGCAAUGUGCGCCGUACAGCAUGUACUGUACCAUAGGUAAGGAGAAAGACCGAUCAUUUAGGAGUCACGUUUAUUAGGUUUGCUAUUAUCGACGUUUCCAAAUUCCAAUGGCUAGGUACAUUAUUAUCAAGGACUCGUGAACACAGCUAUAGUGAAACAUAUAUGGAUAAUGAGAUCCAUCAGGUUCAUCUUACUGUUCUCAGUACUCUCCACUCUUUCAUUGAACUCCGUGGCCUUAUUCUAUCCCACUGAGUUAUAUGUGACUGCUCACUACAGAGCACUUGCUGAAGAACAACCCCUCCCCGAAGCUCUUCGUCGCACGUCCCUCUUAACGAGGGUACUCUGUUUUUUGGCACUUGGACGCCCAGAUCUUGAUGAUCAUUGGAAGUCGCUGCAAUCAGAGAGAGCCUUCGAAACCGUUAGGAGCAGGUCAUGCUCUAUCCUGACUAGCACUAUUACCACAGCAACUGUCCUCCUCGCUACAAGCGGUGUUUUCGUCAGUACGGGCUCUCCUGUGCCAUACUUUGACUAUUCAUCACCUGCUCCCUAUUGUCUACUCCUUAUGUCUCUCAUGCUCGCCAUGAUUGCGAUGUUGAUAUCUGGCUCGAGCAUGGUACGUUGGCUACACACCGAUCGCCACUGGAUUCAAGAACAACUCACGGAAGGCGACUACUUCGUCUUGUCCUACCUGUUGUCGAUAGUCACGCCUAUAUUCUUUGUUGUCUUAUCCCUGAAUUGUUUUAUGUUUGCGAUGUUGAUAGCAGGCUUUUCCUCUCGAAGUAUGGUCUGCCGCACCGUCACUACGCUCUGGCUGGUCACAUACGUUGUCAACAUUGGGGCAAUAUUCAUGGAAUUUAUGUGGAAAUAUGCAAAGGGCAUCAAAUCACGCUAGAUGUCCAUAGUAGUUUCCACUUUGUUCAUUCUUAGUCUCGAAUUGUGAUAUUGUACACUGUAAUCGAUGCUUCAUCUUUGUAUUUUUGUUGUUAAAUAACGGAUCGGUGGUCAUGCAUUUUUUCAUGCCCUCUAGAAGAUCUGACAAAAAUCUAAGUCGAGAAUAUGGC